CGGUGGGGGCGAGAGAUCGAGAUGGGUCGUCGUACCGGCGACACGCCGGCGGGAUUCACCGGGUGGAUAAACGCGGGCCGAGCACGAGCCACCCCGUCAGUCGUGCGUGAUACCCGUAGCCGCGUGCGCCGGCCAUCCGUUACAGCUACGGGGAGGUCGCUUGAACCUCGUUGAAAUUUCGAUGGGAUCGGAGCUGGUCACCGAGAUGAUUGUUUUACACGGAGCAGUUUCGUGCAGGGGCGACCGCGACUUCAGAUAAUCGUAGAUUUAUCUAGUCGAAUGAUUCCGCGCGAUCGCGAGUUGCGUACCAAGUUUUAUAAUUAAUGCCUUCGAGACGAGUCUGAGAAGAGAGUAGUUUAUCCACUGUGAUCGAUCGACGUGUCACCGAGUUGCCGAGUAAUCGUUACGGAUCGGGGUGCCUAGCUCGAUCGCUCGAUCCCUCGAGCGAUUGACGCCUCAAUCGGGAAGAAUUACCGUAACGCUCAACACGUGUAACUCGCGCGCGCGCGCCUGUAUAUAUAAUUAUAUAUCGUACUAACGAAGGAAUUGUAUAUAUAACGUUGAUUUUUUAAAUCGAAUUUUUUUCUGCGCGUCUCAAGCGUCCUUCCGCCUCUCCCCCCGCGCCCCCCCAACCCCCGUUGAUUAAUGGUUCCCGCACGUAGCAACAUGUUUCUCGUUUGCGUGACCGUGGGACUCGUUUUUCUCGCCUCGAAGUAUCGCAACAACGUGCUUCGUAGCGUCAAGCACCUGUACAAGAACAUAAAGAAUCGCGACGGCAGCGAGAACAGCGGCAGCAAGGCCAGGCGCGACAGGCAGGAUGAUGACGAGGACGCUAAAGACAGCAAAGAGAUUAAGCUUAUAUUGGACAAGAUUAUUCUGGCGGACUCCCCGGAGAAAUGCGAUUACGCCGUACAGCGUAUUCGUUGCAAUCUGUCUGAUGGUGUACUGGGUUUUGAUUGCGAAUGGGUGAAAGAAGGGCCCGUCUCUCUAUUACAACUGGCUACCUUCAACGGAGUAGUUGCUCUGUUUCGCAUCGGGAAGAUUGGAUACAUUCCACUCAAGCUCAAGGAGUUGCUGGCUAGUAAACACAUUCUUAAAGUGGGGAUCUCUUCGUUCGAGGACGGACAAAAGAUCGUCAAGGAUUAUGGCUGUAGAGUCAACGGCACCCUUGAUCUGAGAACCUUAGCCGAAAGUCUCGAUCUACCGAGCCGGAAGAGCUUAGCUGCCAUGAGUUUGGAGUAUCUUAACAUUGAGAUGGACAAAAUAAUAGAAGUCAGGUGCGGUGACUGGGACGCUAGCACCUUAACCGACGAACAAGUUGCGUAUGCCGCUUGUGAUGCGCUUGCAUCCGUUAUCAUUUAUCAUAAAAUAAUGCAAAAAGAAAAAGAAAAGUAUUCAUUAUGGCAAAGAUUAGGGAUUUACUUUUACAAUAUAUUUAGUAGUGAUGUAAAUGUGCGGAUUCAUGGUGUACCUGCUAGGACAGUCGAUACGAGGUUCAAGGCUCAGCGAUCACCAAGUGCGGACAGUAUUACUAGUAAUAAUGUUUUAAAUGCCAAGAGUAAAUCAGUAGUAGUAGUAGAUAAAAACGCUAUUAACGAUCGUAAAAAUGCGAUACCUACAAGAAUCAAGCCGUUAUAUCAUAAUUGUUACCUGCAAGCGCCCGAUGGAGAUAUAUUGUGUACAUGCGAUCGCAAGAAAGCAGAGUGGUAUAUUACGAAGAAUCUGGGGAAACUUGUGGAGACCGAUCCAUAUACAGUGAAAUUAAACUUCGAGCCGUCUGGCCGGGCACUAGGAGAAGUUGGACAAUAUUAUACGCAGGUGAAACUCAAUCAGUGUGUAGUCUGUGGGUGCACCGACAAAUUCAUCAGGAAGAACGUCGUGCCGCGAGAAUAUCGCAAGUACUUCCCAUUGGUAAUGAAGGCGCAUCAGUCUCAUGAUGUAUUACUAUUGUGUCCUUCCUGUCACGAAAUCAGCAACAAUCAUGACCUGCAGCUCAGAAGAAAGCUAGCAGACAUGUGUGACGCACCACUAAUUGGGCCGUUGACGCACGUACGGGACAACUUCUUGCAGAACCGCCGAAAGUUGCAUUCGGCCGUCAAGGCGUUGAGGGAGAAGUUCGCGUUACCUCAGCAGCAGCGCAGAGAGUAUGAGACUUACAUACUAGAGCACACGGGGCAGCAGAAAAUUACGCCGGAUCUGCUCAACGCCCUCAACGAGCAGCUGAAGAACGCGCUGAUCCAGAAGCCGAUACCUAGCAAGUAUCAGCCACACGGCUUAAAGGUGGUGCAACAUUUUCAAAAGCUAGAGAGCGGCCUCAUCGAGUUGGAACGUAUGUGGAGGGAACACUUUCUCUUUACGAUGAAACCUAAGCACCUGCCGAAUCUAUGGUCUGUACGCCACAAUCAGGAGCGGCUGAUCAUACGCCAGGCACAAAACAGAAUCGAUGCGGACGAUGCGAAGGCAGCUGGAUUAACACAGUAGCGCUAGAAUUUCAUUAUCAUAACUGAAAAGUCUCGUAUAAGAGCGAGAACUUUUGAAAGACUGUUAUAUCGAUCAAUAUAUCUCCCGAAUAUAUAUACAUAUAUAUGAA